AUGCCAGAUCUACCAAUGUCUAAACGGGAUAAUGAGCAUACACCGUCUUCAUCAGCAUCGUCAUCAUUCAGUGGUGUAAAAUAUGUGUCGAUUUUGGACGGGAAAACAAGGACAAUUCCAACGGAAAAACUCGGCUAUGGCGCUUGUCGGUCUGUAAAUGAGUUCCAGAAAUUAAAUCGCAUUGGAGAAGGCACCUAUGGAAUAGUCUAUAGAGCCAGAGAUACGAAAAGUGGUCAAAUUGCGACCCUAAAAAAAGUCCGUGUUGAUAGCAAAAUGAGCGCACAAGUUGGAAUCUCGGACUCUGCAUUGCGAGAAAUUGUGUUGUUGAAAAGGCUUCGACACGAAAAUAUCGUUGAACUCAAAGAAGUUGCGGUAUCGCGUGAUCCUCAAGGAAUGUUUUUAGUGAUGGAAUAUUGCGAGCAGGUAGCCCUAAAAAAAGUCCGUGUUGAUAGCAAAAUGAGCGCACAAGUUGGAAUCUCAGACUCCGCAUUGCGAGAAAUUGUGUUGCUGAAAAGGCUUCGACACGAAAAUAUCGUUGAACUCAAAGAA